CAAAGAUUUUGUUCUUUUAUGAUAAUCAAAAAACCAUCUUCAUCGUCUAUCCAACAAAGAUUGAGUGUGUGAGACUCACAAAAACAAAAACAAAAACAAAAAAUCUCUUUUUUAGGAUCCAAUGGAAUCUGUGAAGAAAGAACCUAGUCCCUCUGAGAGUACCUCGUGUGUCAUUUCAGCACCAGAUGCCCCUUCAAUUUCAGAUGAACAACUCAAAGAGCCAAAACCCAGACUCCAACUAGAUCUAAAGCUAUCCACAAGUGAUUCUGAUGUUCCUGCCUUCAAUUUCAACCAGGAACUCAAUCUUAUUGGUUCUUUGAACACACCAGAAACACCCCAACCUGCAGAUUCUGAGCAAAGGGUUUUCUCAUGCAACUAUUGCCAAAGAAAAUUCUACAGUUCUCAAGCUCUUGGGGGACACCAAAAUGCCCACAAAAGGGAGAGAACUCUAGCUAAAAGAGCUCAAAGGAUAGGAGUUCAUGCAGCUUUUGGAGGGCACCCAUAUUUCCAUCACAAUCACUAUUCUAGCUUGGCUUCUUUUCCACUACAAGGUCCACACAAUAGAUCUCCGGGAAUUGAAGUGCAUUCUUCAAUGAUCCAUGAACCUUCUCGUACGAUCUCCUCAUCAGUUGGGUUUGGAAAUGUGUAUGGACACCCUAGUUGGAGUAGGCUUCCUGUAGACCAACAACCAGCAAUAGCAAAGUUAUCAACGGAGAAUUCCCAUGCAAUUUCAAGACCAGGAUCAACCUCUCGAGCAAGUCUCGGCAGGUUCGACAACGUAAUGAGGUCAAGAAUGAUGGGUUUGAGUUCUUCAGCUGAUGAUGACCAGUUGAUUGGUAAAUCUUGGUGGUCAAAUGGUGGUGGUGGUGGUGGUGGUAGUAGUCUGAAUCGGAAGACGGAGCUGCCAGAGGUACACAAGGUUGACCUUUCCCUCAAGCUCUAAUUCACUAUUAUGUUCUUAAGAACAUUUUAUUUUAUUUUUUUCUUCUCAUUAUAGAUUUUUGUUUAAUCUUAUUUUCUUUGGAAGUAAUUGUCAUGUAUAUACAUGUGUGUAUAUAUAUAUAUCAUCUAGACUUGGAAGUUUGUGUAUGGCUUGCUUUUUCAAAGGGAAGCAACAACUCUGAUUUACAUUAUGAAUUCCAUCAAUUGUAAUCGAAUUAAUCUAUUUGAUAACAGUGUUAAACCUUAUCAUUAAA